AAGAAAGGAAGGAAGGAAGGAAAUGGUUUUGGAUCCAUUGAAUCCAACUUCUAACUCCCAUCUAAAGUCUUUGCAACAUCCCAAGACCAGUUGAUCGUUUACCCUUCUGCCGUGACAUUCACAACGGAGAUUAGAUAUUUGAAGAGUGUGACCCUCCAUACCCUUCCUUGCCUUUCUCUCCCCCCACGCCCCUUAUGCUCUCUAACCCAACGGCCAUCAUCCUCAAGUGUUGCGGUGGUGACCUCAUCUUCCAACCCUUGGCGGGCCUUCCAUUCAUCAGGCCAAGAUGACUCCACUCCCCCAGGGAGGGUGCAAGGUCCUGAAUCCCUUCUCUUGGCCGUUCAGCCCAAGAAGAGGAGGAGGAGGAGGAGGAGGCUGUUGCGGGCCAGAUGACCGAAGGCCAGCCUGAUGCCAGCUUCCUUGCACUCUUUCCGAGACAAAGAUAGUCAAGGCAGGAUUCACCCCGGCGGCCGGCAGAAGGAGCAGGAAUGUGGAUCACGCUGGCUGAGCCUUUCUUUUUUCUUUUCCAGAGACAGGAGGGGGCGGGGGGGGGGAGGAAAGAGAAGCUGUUUCUGCUGACCAGCUAGAAUUUCACUGUGUUCUUUUCCGUCCGGCCAUGCGGGCGCUGAGAGGCCUCUGCCAGGCCCCCCCACCCCACCCCCAGCCAAUGGCCGUCGGACGCAGGCAGAAGAGCAGGAUCAGGCUGGGCUCGCUGACAUCAUGGGUCGGGAGGAUUUAGUCAGGGCAAAGCCUGGCACCAGGGAAGCAUAUAAAGCCAGGCUCCCUCGGCUCUCCGGUAUGCGCUGCGCUUGGGUGGGGGGGAGAUGGACGUCACCAUCCACCACCCCUUCUUCCGUAGACGGCUCUUCCCCGGCCCCUCGCCCGGCCGCUUCUUCAGCCAACGUUUUGGGGAGCCCCUCAUGGAAUCCGAACUCUUCGCAGGCAGCUGGCCCCUGGGCUCCUACCUGGAGAGGCCCUUCGCCUUCAGGAACGCCGGAUGGAUAGACAGCGGACUCCCCCAGAUGCGUUUGGAGAACGAUACGUUUUCCGUCAACCUGGACGUGAAGCAUUUCUCGCCCGAGGAGCUGAAGGUCAAGGUCUGGGGAGACGUGAUUGAAGUCCAGGGGAAGCACGAGGAGCGCCAGGACGAACACGGCGUCAUCGCCCGCGAGUUCAACAGGAAGUACAGAAUCCCAGCCGAUGUGGACCCCCUCACCAUCACCUCCUCCCUCUCCUCGGAUGGCGUCCUGACGGUGAAUGGACCAAGGAAACUCAAGGAAGUUCCGGAGCGCCGCAUCCCCGUCACACGGGAAGAAACAUCGGCCCUCCUCCCAGGACCAAGGAAAUAGAGAGACCCUCGGAGACCCCGACCCUUUUUUAUACCAAAGAAAGCCUUUCCAUAAGGACAGAAACGGCAAAUCGAUUCAUUUAUUUCUCUGUGCAAAGAUAGGCACGCGAGCUGCUUUAGUGACAAAUAAAACGGGUGGUAGCUUC